GCAGGGGCCCCGCGCUACUGCCCUGCUCCCUCAAAGUCCCAGGUCCCCUCCCCCGGUGCUGAUCAUUAACCAGGAGGCCGUAUAAGGAGCUAGCGGCCCUGGCGAGAGGGAAGGACGCAACGCUGCCACCAUGGACAGUAGCACCUGGAGCCCCACGACCACCGCGGUCACCCGGCCUGUUGAGACCCACGAGCUCAUUCGCAAUGCAGCCGAUAUCUCCAUCAUCGUUAUCUACUUCGUGGUAGUGAUGGCCGUCGGACUGUGGGCUAUGUUUUCCACCAAUCGUGGGACUGUUGGAGGCUUCUUCCUGGCAGGCCGAAGUAUGGUGUGGUGGCCGAUUGGAGCCUCCCUCUUUGCUAGUAACAUUGGAAGUGGCCACUUUGUGGGGCUGGCCGGGACUGGGGCAGCUUCAGGCAUCGCCAUUGGAGGCUUUGAAUGGAAUGCCCUGGUUUUGGUGGUUGUGCUGGGCUGGCUGUUUGUCCCCAUCUACAUUAAGGCUGGGGUGGUGACAAUGCCAGAGUACCUGAGGAAGCGGUUUGGAGGCCACCGGAUCCAGGUCUACCUUUCCCUUCUGUCCCUGCUGCUCUACAUUUUCACCAAGAUCUCGGCAGACAUCUUCUCGGGGGCCAUAUUCAUCAAUCUGGCCUUAGGCCUGAAUCUGUAUUUAGCCAUCUUUCUCUUAUUGGCAAUCACUGCCCUUUACACAAUUACAGGGGGCCUGGCGGCAGUGAUUUACACGGACACCUUGCAGACGAUGAUCAUGCUGGUGGGGUCUUUAGUCCUGACUGGGUUUGCUUUUCACGAAGUGGGAGGCUAUGACGCCUUCAUGGAAAAGUACAUGAAAGCCAUUCCAACCAUAGUGUCUGACGGCAACACCACCUUUCAGGAAAAAUGCUACACUCCAAGGGCCGACUCCUUCCACAUCUUCCGAGAUCCCAUCACGGGAGACCUCCCAUGGCCUGGGUUCAUCUUUGGGAUGUCCAUCCUUACCUUGUGGUACUGGUGCACAGAUCAGGUCAUUGUGCAGCGCUGCCUCUCAGCCAAGAAUAUGUCUCACGUGAAGGCUGGCUGCAUCAUGUGUGGGUAUCUAAAGCUGAUGCCCAUGUUCAUCAUGGUGAUGCCAGGAAUGAUCAGCCGCAUUCUGUACACAGACAAAAUUGCCUGUGUCGUGCCUUCAGAAUGUGAGAAAUAUUGCGGUACCAAGGUUGGCUGUACCAACAUCGCCUAUCCAACCUUAGUGGUGGAGCUCAUGCCCAAUGGACUGCGAGGCCUGAUGCUAUCAGUCAUGCUGGCCUCCCUCAUGAGCUCCCUGACCUCCAUCUUCAACAGCGCCAGCACCCUCUUCACCAUGGACAUCUACACCAAGGUCCGCAAGAGAGCAUCUGAGAAAGAGCUCAUGAUUGCCGGAAGGUUGUUUAUCCUGGUGCUGAUUGGCAUCAGCAUCGCCUGGGUGCCCAUUGUGCAGUCAGCACAAAGUGGGCAACUCUUCGAUUACAUCCAGUCCAUCACCAGUUACUUGGGACCACCCAUUGCAGCUGUCUUCCUGCUUGCCAUUUUCUGGAAGAGAGUCAAUGAGCCAGGAGCCUUUUGGGGACUGAUCCUAGGAUUUCUGAUUGGGAUUUCACGUAUGAUUACUGAGUUUGCUUAUGGAACCGGGAGCUGCAUGGAGCCCAGCAACUGUCCCACGAUUAUCUGUGGGGUGCACUACUUGUACUUUGCCAUUAUCCUCUUCGCCAUUUCUGUCAUCACCAUCGUGGUCAUCUCCCUCCUCACCAAACCCAUUCCGGAUGUGCAUCUCUACCGUCUGUGUUGGAGCCUGCGCAACAGCAAAGAGGAGCGUAUUGACCUGGAUGUGGAAGAGGAGAACAUCCAAGAAGGCCCUAAGGAGACCAUUGAAAUAGAAACACAAGUUCCUGAGAAGAAAAAAGGAAUCUUCAGGAGAGCCUAUGACCUAUUUUGUGGGCUGGAGCAGCAGGGUGCACCCAAGAUGACUGAGGAAGAGGAGAAAGCCAUGAAGAUGAAGAUGACGGACACCUCUGAGAAGCCUUUGUGGAGGACAGUGAUGAACGUCAAUGGCAUCAUCCUGGUGACCGUGGCUGUCUUUUGCCAUGCAUAUUUUGCCUGAGUCCUACCUUUUGCUGUAGAUUCACCAUGGCUGGACUCUUACUCACCUUCCUUUAGUCUCGUCCCGUGGUGUUGAAGGGAAAUCAGCCAGUUGUAAAUUUUGCCCAGGCAGAUAAAUGUGUACAUGUGUAAUUAUAGGCUAGCUGGAAGAAAACCAUUAGUUUGCUGUUAAUUUAUGCAUUUGAAGCCAGUGUGAUACAGCCAUCUGUACCUACUGGAGCUGCAGAAGGGAAGUCCACUCAGUCACAUCCAGAAAAAGGCAGACUAAGAAUCAGAAGCCAUGUGAUUGAUGUCUGAUGUGAGUCUGUCUCAGGUAGAUUCCGGGUGUCAGUGUGGUUUGUAAUCCUUGAAUAUUGUUUUAGAAACUUUGGUCUCCCUGGUUCCUGCCACUUUUCCUGUCCAUCCUCCUCCCCAUUUUUUUUUUAAAAGAAAGCUGUUUUCCCCCCAUCAUAUCCCUCUUGAGUUUUGCCUGGACUUUCCCUCUCAGGUGUGUCAAUCAGGUAAACUGAGGAAUGCAUGGAAGCUGAGGAUGGAGCUUGAUGGGCUCCCUGUCCUGGGUGUUUGCUCUCUGAAGUGGAGGCCUGAGGAAGGUAGUACUUCCACAAAAGGGAGGGACCCGGGCCCCAGCCUCAAGCUAGUGGGGGAGGCAGAUAGCCUGAGUCCAGGGGAUUUUCUGGGCUUCUUAAAAUGUCCAUUGUGAGUUCCCUGUGUUUGGGAUUCCACUCACUUUGGCAUUCACAGUGCCUGGAAUAUCUUAGAUUUUCAGCAAUGCGUGUUGAAUAAAUGAAUGACAUAGGCAUUUAUUUUUAAAUCCUUGCUUGCUUUUUGCAUGAGCCUGGCCCUUAGUUAACCUUUUCUUGUGGCUACACAAAGUAUGCCCACUGGUUACUAAUGACUUGGGAUGCAUUUGUCAAACUGAUUAUAUUAGUUUUCUAGGGAUGCCAUAACAAAGUAGCACAGACCAGAUGGCUCAAGCAGCAGACAUUUAUUUUCUCACAGUUCUAGAGGCUAGAAGUUGGAGGCCAAGAUGUCAGCAGGGUUGGUUUCUUCUGAGGCCUCUCUCCUUGGUUGCAGAUGGUCAUAUCUCACUCUGUCUUCCGUGGCCUUCCUUUUGUCUGUGUCCUAAAUCUACUCUUCUUAUAAGGACAUCAGUCAUAUUGGAAUAGGACCCACCCUAAUGUCUUCAUUUUAAUCACCUCUUUAAAGCCCCUACCUCCAAAUACAGUCACACUGUGAGAAACUGAGGGUUAGGAAGUCAGCAAGUGAGUCUUGAAGAGAUACUAAACAAACCCACAACACAGAUAAAGUAUGCAUUUUGGAGAUUUCCAAGCCAGAGUCUCCCGUGAAAAAGGUAAACUGAAGCAGUUAUUGUGCAGCAAAAGGAAAUAGAAUUACAAACUGAACGUAUGUAGGUGAGGCAAGGCAGGGUAGGGCAGGGCCUUUGGGUAGGCUGAUCAGAGGGUUUUUCAACAAUAAAUCAAUGGGAAUGCAUUUGUUGCUCCCAGGACCCUGGCACCUUGACUCUGGGACUAUAGCAUGUCAGCAAAUACAAGCAAAGCCCAACACUCUGAUUUGCAUUUAUGCCAAUCUAAACUAUCCGGUGUUUAGUUUGAUUUUUUGAGUGCAGGUUCAUUCAAGGACCAGGUUCCCUUGUGCUCAGGGUGAAGUAGAACCAGAAAACAUCGUUAUGCAUUCCCAGAAGUUUUGGAAGAACCUUGGUAGAAAAGCAGAAGCUGCUCUGACGGUGAAAAUAUUUGACUCCUAUCAGUUUUUGGUCAGGAGAAGAUAUCCACCUAGACCAACCCGAGGAGAAGGCUCAGAGUACAGAUAUACCCCGAGCAACGUGAUCAAUGUCCUUGAACCUUCAUUUUUCAUCUGAAAACAGAGACAUAAAUGCCUGGCUCACAGAUUGAAAUGUUAUACAUUGCCAGCAUUUAUCAAUAUAACAUUUAUUUAAAUAAGUAGGUGCUCAACAGGCGUUGGUCUUCUAACUUGUCUACAUCCCAUCCCCAUUCCAGGGUCUUCAGAAUUGAAGGAGAGAUGCUGUAUCACUGUUAGAAGGCUGCUUUGGGACAUUCUGCAGCAGGGAGGAGGGACUGUCAACCCCUACACCAUGACCACCAAGUUCCUCACCUUGGCUGAGUCCCUAAAUCUCUCUGAACCUCAGGUUCCUCCAAGCAUAAUGCAGACUUCACAGAGCUGUUGUAAAGAUUAGGUGAGGUCAAUUGAUAUUGCUUAAAAGGCCCGGUCCAUAGAAGAUGCCCAAUAAACAUUACUGCUUUCCCCCUCACCCUACUGCCUGAAAAAAUAUUACACCUGUGAGACUGACUUUGAGAACCAGUGUGGGUGGGGAGUUGUGCAUAUAAACUAUUUAAUGAGUACCAAACACAAAAGUCAAGCUUGUAAAAUAUCAGGCCUUGCCCCAGAAAGACAAAUACCACAUGAUCUCACUGAUAUGUAGAAUCUUAAAAAGUCAAACUCAGAAGCAGAGAGUAGAAUGAUGGUUAUCAAGGGCUGGGGGAGGGAGGGACUGGGGAGAUGUUGGUCAAAUGAUACAAAGGUUUAGUUAGGUGGAAUAAGUUCAGAAAAUCAAUUGUACAAUGUAUCAAUUACAGUUAAUAGCAAUAUAACAUAUACUUGAAAAUUGCUGAGAGUAGUGUGAGUGUUCUACCACAAAAAAUAUGUGCAGUAAUAGAUGUUAAUUACCUUAAUUUAGUCAUUUCACAAUAUAUACAUAUAUAAAAAUAUGUUGAUGCCAUAAGUAUAUAUAAUUAUUAUUUGUGAAUUUAAAAAAUAAAAAUAAUUUCCAAAAAAAGUGACAGGCAUUGGACAUGUAGAGGAGGGGCCACAAUUAAGCAGAUGGGCCCUAAAAGUCAAUGGGGUCAGAUUUUUCUUUCCCUGGGUGCUGUAAUGUACCUCAGCCAUACCUACACACCUUUGGUUUCAGAAAAGACUUUCGGUCCUAACACAGCUCUACAAAUCUCAAAGGAGGAACUGGGGAAAAGGUUUCUCCAUUCUUCCAGUGUUGGUGAGGAAAUGAAGCCCCUUUAGAAGUUAACUCUAAAUAGUGGUUUUCAAAAUGUGAUCUUCAGACCAGCAGCCGCAAAAUCAUCUGGGAACUUGUUAGAAACGCACGUUCUCAGGCCCUAUUCCAGACCUACAAAAUCAGAAAUGUCAGGGGAGGGGGUGCAUCCCAAAAAUCUGUGUUUCAACAAGCCCUCCAGGGGUUCUGAUGCAAGCUAUAGCUGGAGAAUCACUACUCUAAGCAGCCCUUGGUCUGGUUCUGAACUGCAUGUGUGUGAGCUGCCAGCACUCUUGUGUGAAGAAGGUCCCUUUAUCAGAUGGGUUUUUGCUACCAGUUUCCCAAGCAUGGGAUACAUGGAAUUAAAUUGCCUGUUCUUUCACUGAGUGGCUCUCAGGACUUCAAAAGCUGACUGGGUUAAGGAUGCAACAUGGGGCUGUGGGGCUGAAUUGUACUUACCUGAGUCCCUUGGAGCCAGUCACACAACACCGGCCCCACUGACCUCAUCCACACCUCCCUAAUCCCAUCCCCACCAAACUACCAAGACAAUGCCACCUCACUGAAACAACUUCAUCCAUCAAAUUACAAUUUGGAGGUUAGGUGAGAUUUUCUUUGGACAGGAUAGGAAGGAUGUUAAGAAAACCCUUUCAUCCAGGCAAGCUCACUUAUGCUUUUCUCUCGAGGUUCACUUUUGUGAAGGAGGACAAGAAAACACAAGCUGCAGCACCUCUUUUAGAAGAUGGUGACUUCAGCACUAGGAAAGAGUGCGUUCCAGUGAGUUCCAAAGAAGGAAUGUCACUGAGGGAACAGCAAUGCCGGGCACAGCUACACACAAGCAAAGUAGCGCUCUCAGGUAGGUCAAAGGCCCCAGGACCAACUUCACUCUGUAGGGACAGAGGCCAGGCUUUGCAUUUUGAAAGAUUCCUUUUAAAUAGGCAUCUAUAUUUAAAGAAGUUUUUUUUGCCUGAUAAGGCAUGAUUUUUCAGUUCUAUAAAUUGAGGACUGAUAGGCAGUCAUUCAACCCCAUAGAGAAUACCAUCUUCUUUU